AUGGCUGGAUCGAGUGGUGCUGAUCUAAGAGCACCAGUUUUCCAUGGAGACAACUUUGAUUUUUGGCAAAUAAAGAUGAAGACCAUCUUCAGAUCUCACGAUCUGUGGGAUAUGGUAGAGAAGGGUUAUAGUCCUUCGGCGAAGAGUGAAGGAGAACUCACUGCAACUGAUCUCAAACUUCUGAAAGAGAACAUAGUGAAGGAUGCUAAGGCUCUCGAGAUUAUUCAAGGUGCUGUGUCCGAUGAAAUUUUCCCACGAAUCGCCAUACUUGAGAUGGCAAAAGAGGCUUGGGAUGCACUGAAGCAAGAAUUUAUUGGGGAUAAACAAGUGAGAUCUGUGAAACUCCAAAGUUUAAGGCGUGAUUUUGAAUAUACUCGUAUGGGUGAAAAUGAAGCAUUCUUUGUGUAUGUUGUGCGAUUAUUUGAUCUUAUGUCACAAAUGAAAAGUUAUGGUGAAGAUAUAGGAAAUCAAAGAAUUGUGCAGAAGCUAUUGAUAAGUUUGCCUAGGUCAUAUGAUAGUAUUGUUGUUGUGAUAAAAAAAACUAGGGAUCUGGAAACUGUUGAUGUGCAGGAUGUUGUUGCUACUCUAAAGGAGUAUGAACAACGGAUUGAGAGACACUCUAAAGAUAGAAAUGAAAAGUCAUUUGCUAGUUUAACUGUUGUGAAGAAGCAUGAAGACACAUGGUAUAUUGACAGUGGUUGUAGUAACCACAUGACAGAAAGAGAAUAUCUAUUGGUGAAUAUAGAUAAGAAAGUAACUGCCAAAGUAGAAAUGGGCACAGGACAAUUAGUUGAUGUGGUUGGAAAGGGUGACUUAAUGGUUGAAACUAAGCAAGGCAAAAGAUAUAUAAGAGAGAUUAUGUUUGUACCUGGUUUGAAGGAGAAUCUGUUAAGUGUGGGACAGAUGAUGGAGCAUGGAUAUUAUCUUGUCUUUGGGGGAAUUGAAGUCAGAAUUUAUGAUGAUGCUACAUGCUCAAAUCUAGUUGUUAAAGUUCCAAUGAAAGGAAAUAGAAGCUUUCAUUUGAAAUUACAACCAGGAAUUCACUUUGCCAUGAGGGCUAGUGUUGGUCAAUAUGCUGAAAUAUGGCAUAGAAGAUUAGGACACUUGAACAUGAAUGCUCUAAUGCAGCUUCAAGAGCAUGAAAUGGUAACCGGUCUGCCUGAGAUGGAAGUGAACACCAAAGUGUGUGAAGGUUGUGCAUUUGGCAAGCAUUCCAGAUAA